AUGCACCCAGCACAAAGCAUGCCAGAGCCUGCCCGCCAGCUAUCGCACGCCGACAAGCCAAACUGGUUUAGGCAGUUUCAACGAAAAGUCCGGACUUCCGUCCAUCACGUAGAUGACUCGAUUGGAAGUUCAUUCAAAGAGAUUGAAGAUGCCUGUUUCUCGACUGAGAUUCGUGCUGCCUUCAUACUUGCCGAAUCCGGGUAUGAUUGUUACUGUGAGAAGCCAUUGGACGCACAGGGGAACUGCGUCAAUAAGUCUGACUGGACCAAAUGCUAUGAUGAUCUUAAACUUGAUCUGAUUACCGCUACAACUGCAGUUGCUGGCUUCUCCAGCAUCCUCUUCGGCCUCUUUACCAACCUCCCUGUUGCCCUCGGUCCCGGGAUGGGCCUUAACGCCUAUUUCACCUACCAAGUUGUUGGUGUCAAAGGCACGGGUUCUGUGGACUACCGCAUUGCUCUCACGGCCGUCUUCAUCGAGGGAUGGAUAUUUUUGUUUCUCGCCUUGACCGGUCUACGCCAUUGGUUGGUCAAGAUUAUUCCUGGAACUAUCAAGAUCGCGAGUGGGGCUGGCAUCGGGCUGUUCUUGACCCUCAUCGGCAUGUCGUACACCUCAGGGCUUGGCCUAAUCACCGGAAGCAUCAGUACACCGCUCGCAAUCGGAGGGUGCCCUAUCGAGGACCUCAACGAGUUUGGGGAGUGCAAUUCCGGAUUCAUGACAAGCUCGAAGACAUGGUUGGGUAUUGUUUGCGGUGGCAUGCUCACUACAAUAUUGAUGUCUUUCCGUGUCAAGGGGGCCAUCAUCAUUGGCAUCAUAAUUGUUUCUGCUGUGUCAUGGCCUCGGAAUACCCCCUUGACGUACUUUCCGAACACACCCGACGGCGACGAAAGGUUCAGCUACUUCACUAAGAUCGUCAACUUUCAUCCUAUCCACCACACAAUGGUCAAGCAGGAGUGGGACCUGAGAGGCGCAGCUGGCUCCCAUUUCGCCAUCGCCCUUUUCACCUUCCUCUAUGUGGACAUCAUAGACUGUACCGCGACGCUGUACUCUAUGGCCAGGUUCUGCAGCAGGGCACGUCGUGAUAAAGCUGACUUUCCCCGGUCGACAAUGGCCUUCUGUGUGGAUGCCUUUUGCAUAUCAAUGGGCGCGCUUCUUGGACUCUCGCCAGUCACCGCUUUCAUCGAGAGCAGUGCCGGCAUUGCCGAGGGUGGUCGUACCGGGCUGACAGCGGUGGUUACUGGAAUAUGCUUCCUAAUUUCGCUUUGCUUCGCCCCGAUAUUUGCCUCAAUUCCGCCUUGGGCAACGGGAAGCACCCUUAUUCUGGUUGGCUGUAUGAUGAUCCGUCAAGUUACCAAGAUAAACUGGGGCUAUGCCGGUGAUGCCAUACCGUCCUUUAUCACACUGGCAUUCAUCCCCUUUAGCUUCAGUGUUGCUUACGGGCUAAUCGCUGGUAUUCUCUGUUACGUCGUCAUCAACGGUGCGAUUUAUGUCAUCGUUCGGCUUUCGGGAAACACUAUCGUACCCCAGAACUACGAGCUCAAGGAAUACUGGACUUGGCGGCCGCCAGGAGAGAGACCGUGGAUCGUCAGAGUUUCCAUGUGGGGAAUCGACUGGGUCAGGCACCGUCGAGAUCGAGAGGCUUCAUUCUCGUUAAACUCGCGCGACGACUUCACGGGUGCCGACCGGUACAGAUCCGACACAGCCUCGAAGGGAGGGGCCGGUGCUGAUGAUGUUCCGAGGAUUCCGACGCCUGAACCACUGCGCCAGCUGUACUGA